AUGACCCAGCUCCUGGCUGAAGACGACAAGAUUGACCCCGUUGAGAAGCUCUUGUGCUUGACUAACCUCAACAACGAUAUCUUGUUUGACUUGGAUGCCGAGGAAUCUGCAUCCGAGCCCUCUUCCCCAAGGUCUCUCACUUCGUCAUCAUCCGUCUCUUCGGACGCUUCUGCAUCAUAUGAGUAUGAAGAUUCUCCUUUGAACUCGCCAUACCCCAACAUGGAGUUGGAUUUUUCAAAGGUCAUCACUGACAAUUUGCGCUCAUACUACCUCUCUGCGUACAAGAGCCCAAUUGAGAUUCACAACGACAACUCAAGCUUCUCCAUACUCAACAAGAAGUCCCAGCAUGCAAGCAGCGAAGCUGCCUUGCCCCAAAAAGCCAGAGAGGUGCCAUUUUUCAAGAAUGUCAACUUCAACCAACCCAAACUUGGCAAUUCUAUUGAAGAUUAUCUUUUCUACGAUGAUGAUGAAGCUACAAAUUCUCCCACAGACCUGGAGCACGAGGAAUUGCCUCCUACCAGCGCCACUUUCAUGCCACAGCUUCCCAAUGUGUCAUUUUACAGGCGUGAUGACAAGUUGAACUUGUCAUUGAGCGACCAAAAAGCUUGGGCAGAGCCAGAAGACAUGUCUAAAAUAUUGAGCCCAAGCUCUGUUAUGACAGGCAAGGCUAGCGAGAUGGUGGGUACCUCGAGACUCAUGAUUAACGACUUUUUCUUGUAA